AUGUCCGAAAACUCUACGGAAACUAUGAAUAUGCAGAUUAUUAUGAAAGAAAGUCCUUUUGCUCAGCGGGUCUUUACGGAUAUGGAAGCAUUUAGACUACAGCAAUUUACAGUUCUCGAAAUCCAUUUUGGCAUCGUUGAGAUCUUUGCUCCUAGCAGUCUGCAUUCUAGAUCAUGGAAUAAUGACUCAAGUAAAGAUAUAACAGCUAUAUAUGAUCAAGAAUUCAAUACUAGUAUAAUGGACCAAUUAAAUGAAGCAGGAACUCGGAAACUGGCCGAAAUAUCGACAGGUGAAGAGACUGGUGCUUGGCAUCAUGCAUCAAGUUUUACUGGAGCUCAAGUGAUAAGAGGUCAUGUCCGCUAUAACAGCACAGUACGCCAACCUGAUGAUACAUAUAACCAGACUAUGGUUGAGUUCAAAGAUGAUGUUAUUCUUUCCUGUGAAAGACUUAAUAGUCAAAUAUUUGAAUUUGUUCUUCCGAUCCGCUUUUAUCGCAUACAAAUAGACUUAUGGCGCAAUCAACUCCUGAAACUUACUCUGAUUUCAAUUUUAGAGACCCCAGAGGAUAUGGGAUCCGCUGCCAAUUCAACCAGAAAUACAAGCGUGAUUAAUAAAGUUAUUAAUGCAAAAGCUAAAGCUAAUGCAUUAGAAGACUGGGGAAGUACUGUCAGGCGAAUAACCAUUGCUCAUCUGAGCGCUAAAGUCCAUCCUGAAGAACCAGAGUCUGGGAUAUUCUUCACACUGAUAACUGCCCCUAGGCAUGGUCACCUUUUCGUGCUCAAUGAUCGACUCCAUAAAUCUAACUAUAAAGAGCCAAGCGUUAGAUCCAGAGUAUAUCUACAUGUUGGAUCCCAAUUUACACAAGCUGACUUAAGCCAGGGCCGACUUUUUUAUGUUUUACGGCGUAUCUUUGACGAAUGGUCAAAUCAUGCUAAAAUUGAUAAACAACUAAACAUAAAACAGCAUUUUGGCUAUGUUGCAUUAGAAGACGAAUUCCAGUUCAGACUACAUGUUCUCGGUGCUCGGUUUACACGUCCAGCCACCUUUCGCAUAGAAAGUCGUCGUCUACUCCCAGGCUCAUCAGAAAUAGCGCUAAUAAAUUUCACACCUGAAUUGCUUAACCGGGGCACCAAAGUGAUAGAAGGGGGCCGAUUUCGUCUUGGAUCAGACAAAAUCUGGGUCCAACAUCGGUAUUGUGAAGAUUACAGAAAUUAUGAAACUAAGAAAGCCUGGAUAAAUAAAUAUUUGCAGUUGGAAUCAAGAGAAAUACAAGGACGUCGAUUUCUAAUCACUAUUACGCGAGGUCCCAGACACGGAAGACUUAUUCUUUUGCCCAAUACAAGGGCUACAAAUCCCAAGAAUAGCAAAGUAACCAGGUAUGAUAGCCUUGACGUUGAUGAUUACGACUCUAUGGACAGUUUAAUUGCUAUCGGCAAAAUCGUUCAGCCUAGUAUGCAGUUCACACUAGAUGUCAUAGCCCAUGCAAGAAUGAUGUACAUACAUGAUGGCAGUGAAACUCGUAAUGAUUCUUUCGGUCUAAGUAUAGCCUGUUAUCUCGAGUCUGCUCUAUUGAACACAAAAAGAAUUGAUCAAAACAAUGAUUUGGACAAACCAGAUCAUUAUUUUUUUGAACUUGAUCCAUAUUCGAAAGAUGCGCUGGACACCGUUGGAAAGAAGAUCGUGGCAGAUUUUAAAGUUUACAGGGAGGCUUUCAAAAACAUGUACCUUAGUGCAUACUCAUCUGUUGAACUUAUUUGA